AGGAGGAGGUGGAGCACCGACAUGCAGCACUAGGCACAGCGACCGCUGCUGCUCCCCGUAUGUGAACAAAAUAUACCAGACCAAACAGAGCACGCAAGCCCAACUGGACGAUCCGAAAGGAGAAGGGCAGAAUUCCGGCCGGGGGAAAGCGCAGGCAGCAAAGGGCGAAGAGGUGGAGCGAGCGGGGGAUGAGGAGGAGGAGCCAUGAGCCCACAGACUCCUUGAUCCACAUGGGGAAUCAUGGGGCCGAAAGGAUUGAGAUGAGACGAGACGGGAAAUCAUGGAAGUGAAGUGCGGUGCGGUGCGGUGGGGUAUGCGAUGCGAUGCGAUGCGAUGCAGGUGAUGACGGGUAUGGCGCAUAGCGGGCACAUUCAUUCAUUGAGUCCUUCGUUGGUUCGUCCAUCAUUGAGGAUGAGCAUCGCGCCAUCGGCUGAGCACUUUAGAGGCGAUGACAGGCGCGGGACUAAAUUUGGGAAAAGCAGGGCCCGAUCUUCUUGUUUCUGCUGCCCUAUGUGCGAGAAGAGUCGUGCACCAAUAUAAUCUUCUUAAAUAUUCCUCCAUAAAUAACCCGAGGCCAACCUGCCCGGUAUCAAUACCUUGUACAAGGGGCCAAACAGUCUCCCUCCCCUCGCGUCCUCCAUCGCCCGAGGCAUCCAAUGGCAGCGCCCCCCUUCUUUUCGCUAUCGUCCAGUCCACAUUUCGCCCUCACCUACUGUAGAACGCCCUGCGUACAGUACAGGUACCCCAUACCCGCACCACCCCUCUGC